GCUGUACUUUCAAGUAAACGGUCAUAUACUUUUCCAAGAAAGCCAUCACUACUUCCAGCGUAUCUAAACCAAAAUUCAAGAAGAUAUAUAGAUUUCCUAUCAAAAUGAGUCGAGAGGCAACUUUGACUGAAAAAACAGGUCUUACGUCUCCUACAUCAACUCCAAUGAAAGAACAAGAGGAGGUAAUUGAGGUUGUACUGACCGAGAGCACUCCUGCCAAACGCAAGAGAACUGUUGAGUCUUACAAUGAAAAUGCUUUAGAAAAAAAGAACCUAUCUGAGUCGAUCUCUAAGAAAUUGAAAGUUGUUUCCUCUGAUGUAUCUACUGUAACUCCAUCUCCAGAUCCAAGGAAUAAUAGUACCGACGGGGCUUCUCUAGAGAAACAGCCAACGCAAAAGCAGCUAGAGAAAAAAUUGGAGAAGGAAGAACGUCAAAGACAGAAACAAGAACGUGAAAAGCUAAAAGAAGAAGAACGUCAAAGAAAAGAAGAAGAACGCCAGAGAAAGGAGGAAGAACGUCAAAAGAAAUUAGCAGAGAAAGAGGCCGAAAAAGAAUUAAAACGUAAAAAGCUUGAAGAAGAGAAAUACGAACGUGAAUUGAAAAGGGAAGAAGAAAGAAAACGUAAAGAGGAACGUGAAAACCAGAGGUUAGAGAAAAAACGCAAGUUAGAUGAAGAAAAACUACGCCGUGAAGAAGAAAGAAAGAAGAUCGAGGAAGCCAAAGAGGCGAAAGAACGAAGUCAAAAGAAGAUUUCAUCUUUUUUCCAAGUUCGAAAACCUUCUUCGCCUCAAACGGACAAGCAAGCUAAAGAUAUAACCACUUCUAGUAAACUAGAUAAAACUGCUUACGAAAAAGUAUUCUUACCAUUUUUCAAGAAACAAAACGUUGCAUUACCUUCGUCACAUCAAUUCAAUCAUGAGCAGUUAGAUGUAUCCAAGAAAGAGAUUGAUUCUUUAAUAGAGUCUAUCAAAUCAAAAUCCGUUUCCAAUGAUCAGUCUAAUCUCAAAGAAUUUUUCAGCAAUAAUACAAAAAGUCCGAAUGCUCAUGUCAAAUCAAUCAUAUCACCAGAAGAAGUUGCUGUAUCGUUGAAUGAUGGUAAUAUUGACGAUUCACAAGUGGAAGAAAUGCUUCGAAGUAUCUCCACAGUUAAAUAUAUUCAAUUUUAUGAAAAUCAAAAACCUUAUAUUGGGACCUGGUGUUCCAAGAAACAUUCGAUCGAUUUCCCAACUUUAAAUCCUUUUGACACCAGUAAGAGUGGUCUUGAUUAUGAUUAUGACUCUGAUUUGGAUGAAGAUGCCGAUGGCGAAGGAGAAGACAUAGAUAGUGCAGAUGAUGAAGAAGAUGAAGAAGAUAUCACAAUGGACGAAGAUGGUGAAAUGGACGAUUUUGUGGAAAGUAAUGAUAUCUCUAAACGCAAAAUUAUUGGUCCAUUAAUAGCAAUAAGUACCUGGAAUGAUGGCCACGAAGAGAACAAAAAGCUCUUUGACAAUAUGAAAUACGAACGAUUAGACUCCUUAAUCCAAUUUCCUAUCGAUCCACUAUUCGAUUAUUGGAAAGAAGAAACUAUAACUACACCAUCAAAUGAUCCCAAUGAAAAUGCAUCAACUACCAAAGGAACUACACUGACUCCUAACAUCCUCACACCCCAGAAAGCAACAAUUCAAGAUCCCAAAACUGUAUUUGAACUCAUUCAAUUUAUUGAAAAGAAUAACGAUUUUACCAUUGGAACUCUAGUUGAAUUAGCUAAAAAAGAGUUUAAGUCAUUUACAAAAGCAGUGGUUAAGCAUACAAUUCAGGAUAUUGCUACAUAUAACAAAAAGCUGAGUAAUUGGGAAGUGAAAACUGAAGUUAGAAGCCAGUUGGCCAAACAGUUUGCUUAA